GGGAGCUCUGGAAGCCAUGUUGCACAGGCGGGUGCAGGGGAAGCGGAUGGCCAAAGUGUGGGCUCGCCCGUUCCCGGUACGGAUGCUGCAGAAGUAUUUCUGGCUGCUGCUGCUCUUCUCCAUCCUCCUUCUGGGACUGUGGACGGUUUACCUGCAGCUGGCGAACUACCCGGAUGGGAACCCGGCCAAUCGCAGAUACAAAAGUUGGAGUGAACUGGGCAAAGCUCUCGCGCACAAUAAUAUCCCAGCCGUGGACCCGAACCUGGAGUUCUACAAACCCGACCGUCAGCAGAACUCGUUUGUUGGCCAGGUGAAUCUGCACGUGUUCGAGGAUUGGUGUGGAAGCAGCAUCGAUCAACUACGGCGCAACCUGCACUUCCCCCUGUUCCCCCAUAUUCGUACUACAGUCAACAAGCUUGCCGUUACUCCGCAAUGGACCAACUACGGGCUGCGCAUGUUCGGAUACCUGCACCCUGACACAGACGGAAAUUUCCAAUUUGCCGUGUCGUCAGAUGACAAUUCGGAGUUCUGGCUGAGUGAAGACCAUUCAGUGGGAAAGCUGCAGCUGCUGUGCAGAGUGGGGCCGGCAGGAAGACAGUGGACAGCUCCAGGAGAGUUUGGAAAAUUCCAGGAACAGGUCUCCAAGACUGUCAGGCUGUCGUCUUCUAAGCGGUAUUACUUUGAACUUUUACACAAGCAGGACGAUUCUGGCACAGACCACGUGGAGCUCGCGUGGCGGCAACUCCGGCAAGCAGUCCCUUUAGCCCGUUUCACACUGAUAGAAUCAAAAUUAUUGUCGCUUUUCUCAAAUGAAUCUAACCUACCCCUGGGGGACACAUCCCAGACCCCAAAGAGCAAGGCAAGUCACUACAGCCAAGGCUCCAACCACCACCCUGCAGAUAUACUGAAACCGGACCCGAGAGACACAUUCUACAAAGUGCCACUUCUGCCGUUGCAUCGGCUGCAAAGUGUCCUACCCAACUGUGCGUAUAGACCCAGCUACCUGGUAGAUGGUUACCCCCUUCAGCGAUACCAGGGCCUGCAAUUUGUCCGGCUAACUUAUGUUUACCCCAAUGACUACACCCGGCUCAGCCACAUGGAAAAGGAGAAUGAGUGCAUGUACCAGGAGAACACAAGAUACUCCAGCAGAUUGAAAUAUAACAAAUAUAUGGAAGUCAAACAUCCAAAAUCCAGACCUGUUGAUCAUCCUGGUUGGUCGGAUGACUAUAACCCGUCUGAUUUCCAGUAUGAGGACACAAGUUAUCAGAUGGUAGAUAACGGCGAGCAGGAGGACAGGGAGGAGCCUAGCGAAGAUGAAAUCAUUAAACAGAGGAAACUUUUCCUUGCUGCAGAGACUGAGGAAGGACAGCCUACGCCCCGGAUACCUGUAAAUGCUCAGGACCAAGCACUUUCUCUCUCUAACAACUUAAACACAGUGUAUAACAAUAAUCCAGACUUGGUUAUCUCAAAUCAUGACUCUAAUCCGCUACCCAAAGCUGAGAGGCAGAUCAAAAAAACAACAACUCCUGGUGGCAUGAAAACUCGCAAGCAUAGACGCCAACAUCGAGCCAAAGUAAAACAUGACCUUAACCAGCCUGAAAACAAGGUGCAGACAAACAUUUCAGAUGUACAGCAGAGAAACUGGAAGAAGAAAAAUAGAGAAAGGCAAAAAGAAGCAACAAAGUCAAUGAAAUAUGACCUGAAGAAUGUAUCAAACCCUGAAAGACAAAGUAUGAUGUCUACAGUGGAUGAUCUAGUAUUAAAUAAAGCAGCCUUUGCUAACAAGGUGAUUUUCCAAAAAGAUCCACAAAACAGUAGCAAGGGGUACCCUAAGAAGGAAGACUUUCAAAGGAAAAGCAGUAGGCAAAACAUAAAUGAUAAUGACCAAGGUCUUAAGAUGGGUAGGGUAAACAAGGAAGAUUCUAGGCAGCAGGAUCAUUUUGCUGAGGAGACAAGACAAAGAACUGAAAUUCCUGAUAAGUGGAAGAAGCAGGUCAAAGCUAAACAUGCCAGAAACCAGAGCACAGGACCCAAAUUUAAUGGAGACUUUGAUGAUAAGAAGAUUCCAAAGUCUGAGAUCUACCAUGGGAAGCCACAUGAUAGCGGACAGGAUGUGAGGAAAAAUCAGACACCUGAAUUUGAUCAGGGUAAAUUGGAAUGGGAUGAAAGACGUAAGAGGGCCUUUUAUAAUGGACAAACAGAGCAAGAAUCUCAAAAUGAACAUCUAUACAGUAAUAAAACACAAGAGUUUGAAGAUAUUAAAAGUAAAAGACAAGACAUCCUAGUAAUGAAGAACAGGCUUCAUGUUUCAACUACGGUUAGCAAACAGGGACGUGAACUUUACGGAAAGGGACAAGGAGCUCCUUUGGUAGAUAACAGUAAAAAGCUGGGUCUUGAACAAAGAAAUGUAAAAAGACAAAACCGUGAAGAAGUUUUGGAUAAAAAGAUUAACCAAGGGGAAGAACAAGGUAAAGAUGAAGGAGAACUCGGUAAACCUGAUCACAGUAACAGGAAAAGCUUUGUUCAAGAAGAACACGGAGUACCUGGGGCUCGUGGUAACAGAAAACAGAGUAGUAAAUCGAAUGACGGUGACCAAAAACAAAAUGACGGGGAAAAGCAAGAUCUAUUGUGGAAAACAAAUAAUAGACUGAUACUUCCUGCUCCAGAACUACAUAGACCAAAUGAGGGAAAUCAGGACCGCAGCAAUCAAAACCCACAAGAUGGAGGAGAAGCCCAAUCCCAGGAAAAUAAUGACGAAGAUGAGGAUGAAGAGCAAGAGCUUAAGUACCCAUUUGAGUUUGAGAAACCUGUUUUCUGGAACCAGACCUUUAAUGUGCGUCAAACAGACUUUCAGGUAUUGAGGUCUGACUACAUUGAUCUUCAAUGCAACACUUCCGGAAACCUGCAGUUGAAAGAGAAUGAAGCCUUGAGCAUAGUUGGGGCUUUCAUGAAACGAUUGAACCAGUGGAACCGAGGAAUGUACAAACUCCAGCGCAUCAUUAACAUUGAGAAACGCCUAGACUAUGUGAGAGGGAGCCGCUAUUUCUUGGAACUUGAACUCUCUGAUAGGUCUAAUCGUGUCCUAAGAUUUUCUCAGUAUGUAUUUGCCCCGAAUUGGACUGGGCUGACUCAAGAACAGCGUGAGCAAGAAAGGGACAUGAAGAAAAUUAUGUGGGGGCCACGCCUGAGACUGAUGGCAAGCGAGAAGUUGACGGAACUGUGUUGGCCAACAGGGCUAGCCUGGAACCCCCGCGCUUUGGUGUACAUUAUAGUACCAGUGAAGAACCAGGCUCGAUGGGUUCUAAAGUUUAUAGAGGACAUGGAAGUUAUACACCGCAGCACAAUGGAUCCCUACUUCAGCGUUAUUAUUGUGGACUUCAGCAGCACCGACUUGGAUGUAGAGGCAGCUCUAAAACAGUCCCAACUUCCCAGUUACCAGUAUGUGAGAUUGGAGGGGAAUUUUGAGCGCUCUUUGGGGCUACAGGCUGGAGCUGAUCUAGUGAAGAAUUCGCACAGCAUCCUCUUCCUGUGUGACCUUCACAUGCACUUCCCUCCAUCCAUCGUCGAUUUAAUACGCACACACACCAUCGAGGGCAAAAUGGUGUACGCUCCCAUGAUCAUGAGACUGAAGUGUGGUGGAACUCCAACCUGGCCUGAAGGUUUUUGGGAGGUAAAUGGAUUUGGACUGCUGGGUAUAUAUAAAUCAGAUCUGGAACGUAUUGGAGGGAUGAAUACAGAAGAAUUUCGGGAACGAUGGGGAGGAGAAGACUGGGAACUCCUAGACCGGAUUCUUCAAGCCGGGCUGGAGGUAGAGCGCUUGGCAGUCCGAAACUUCUACCACCAUUUCCAUUCCAAGCGCGGCAUGUGGAACAGUCGACAGACCAGAGAUGGGCAACGUUACUAAGUAUAUUGCACUGAGAACAGUCAUCUCUGGGGGGAUUCUC